AUGGCAUCUCAUACGGUGCCACGAUUCGGAAUUCUCAAAAGUGUCUAUGAAACAUUGAUUCCCGAAAGAAUUUCUCCUCAGGACUGUACUGAACUUUUCACCUCGCCCACACAUCUUCAGCCCCGACAGCAUUCGAAUCCUGGCCGUGUGCACAAAGCAACAUUGAGCCACGUACUACAUGAGCACAAUUACUUCGUGCCGCCAUAUACCUGUCCGGCAUUUGAUGGUGUCAAUAAGUCUGGUCCUCCAAUAUCCUGUGACUUGAGUCAAACCGAUGUGGAUGACAAUGCCAGCGACAAUGGUCCGAAUCAGAAUAACUUUGAAGACGACCGAUCAAAUAUCUGCGCGGCUCACGAUAGUGGUGAAUCACGAAGAGAGUUGACUAUAAUAAGGAGUUGUAGCAACGGUAGUACCGACAUGGUGAGACCUAUCUUCUUCGUUCAUUAUUUGAUGCUUUUUGUAGCUGGUUUCAAUUACUGUGGCGACUUUUAUCUCGUACGAAAGCGCCUGAUAAAUGGAUUCGUAGAUUGA